AUGGUGGAUCAGUCUGAACUAGCCUUCCGCAUGCUCUGCCGCCGGUACGGGACAGAGUUGUGCUACACACCGAUGCUGCAUUCGCGCAUGUUCUCGACGCAGCCCAAGUACCGGAAGGAGCAGUUCUCCACUUGUCCGGAGGAUCGCCCACUCUUUGCGCAGUUCUGCGGUGAUGAUCCCGCGACAGUUCUUGCAGCAGCCAAACUCUUGCCCCCGAACUCAGUGGAUGCUGUCGACUUGAACUGCGGCUGUCCCCAGGGCAUCGCCAGAAAGGGACACUACGGAGCCUUUCUGCUGUCCGAGCCGGACGUGAUUGAGGGCAUUGUUCGGACGCUGGACCGAGAGCUCUCGGUACCCUCUACCGUGAAAAUCCGGCUCGUGAACGCUAACGAAUUACAGGACACCCUGAACCUCGUCUCCCGUUUGGAGGCCGCAGGGGCCUCCGUGCUUUGCCUUCAUGGCCGCACCAAGGAGAUGAAGGGCCAGUCUACCGGCCCACCCAACUGGGACGCAAUCGCAGCGGUCAAGCGCCGAGUCGGCAUCCCGCUCAUUGCAAACGGUGGAAUCCACACGCCCCCCGGCUCCUUUUUGGGAUUUAGGGUUUGA